UGAAAACAGGAUACCAGUGAGAGUUGCUACAAUACAAUAAGACAAUCUUGGUCUGAAAUUGACAAAGUUGCAGCUCAACCAAAUGGGCUUCAGAAUCUUACCAGUAUUUUUAGUACUUGCGGGUCUUUUAAUUCAUCAAAACAGCUGAAGAACUUCUUGGAAUUCUUGUAUACCUAUUCAGCUCAAAAUGACAAUCCUCCUCCAAAUAGUAAGGUCAGUAAGCUAUGUAGUGCCAUUGAUGGAGCACCUGCAGGGACUGAUAUUCUACACAGGGUUGCUGCAGCUCUCAACGUUAGCAUUGGCCUUUCUUGCAACCUUUUAAUUGGCUACAAACCAAGCAAUAAGAGUGAAUGGACUUGGCAGGUAUUUUAUGUAUUUAUAUGUUCAUAUAUCGUCUGAAUUUGAAUCUGAACAUAGCAUAUUAAAAAAGUGGUGCUCAGUUCCAAAAAUUGGUAAGUUCUUGAGCUCCCAUGUGACUAUUUGUUGGCUUUCAAUAGAAAUUAAUUACAUUUUUCAUCAGUUUAUUACCAUGAUCAACAAUGGUCUCCUGCUCCUUUUUAACUUUUCUUGUGUUUCAAAGACAUGUACUGAGAUGGUAAUGCCAAUUGGUUAUGGUGCCAACGAGACAAUGUUCCAAUCAUCGCCUUUCAAUUUGAAUGACUACAUCAAGACCUGCCAAAAUCUUUUUGGUGUCACCCCAAGACCUCAUUGGAUCACUACAGAAUUUGGAGGUCAUGAUAUAAAAUCAGUACUUGGAAAUUUUGCAAGCAACAUCAUCUUCUCAAAUGGACUGCGAGACCCAUAUAGUGCAGGAGGAGUCCUGAAGAACAUUUCUAGUACUGUAACAGCUGUAUAUACUGAUAAAGGUGCACACUGCUUGGAUUUGAUUAAUUCAACACCAGAUGAUCCUGACUGGCUGAUCACACAAAGAGGCAGAGAGAUCAAAAUCAUUGAAGUUUGGAUUUCAGAAUAUAAAGCUAGGCUAGCUACUAACGCAGACAAACAGAACUGAAUUUGAUCUGAAGCAGGCUUAAUUUGUCACUUGUUUUUCUUCUUCUUAAUAAAACCAUUAUGAAUGAAUUAUACCAGUACUCUUGUAUGCUAUUUCAA